CUUUUCUUCUCCAAAAGAGCUUGCUUAGUUACUUGCUUUCCUGAAUCUGAUCCCUGGUUCGUUUCUCUUCUCUCCUUGUUAAAUUAAGAGUUAAGUAAGUUUGGCAUCGAGUGUCUGUUGUUGUGAUCCUUGUUUAUUCUCGUAGCAAUCUCACUCCAAAGCUUCUAAGUUAUAAUCCUUAUUUUAGGCAUUUACUUGAUCCCAAGAUUGGAGUCUAUUAACUAGAUUAUGCCUAAUGCCUUAAGAAUAUUAACUUUUUUUAUAGCUAUAGAUAUAUAUUUUCCCAUAUUUUUAGGAUUAAGAUUAGGGUUUAAUGAUUGAAUAAUAUAGUUAUACAAGUGUGUGACUGAUAAAAUGAAACAAACGAAAAAUCUUUCCCGGUGACAUCAUCAGCCGCCGGCGACUAGCUUUCUAACUCUGGUUUGCAAAUUCAAAGGGUUGGUUGGUGGCUAAUUUUGAACAUAUAUAAAUGUCAUUUUAAAAUAUUUUUAAUUUCAUUUUCUUAACAUUGUUCCACCAACUCCUCCCACAUUCUCUCCGCCUCUCUCGUUUACAAAUCCCACCUCAAAGGUCGACUCUUUAUCUCUCUUCUCACCAACCCAACUUCUCCAAUGGCUUCUCAGAGUUCAGUCGCCGUCAUUUCCUCCGCCGCCGCCAGAGGUGAAUCAUUCCCAGAUUCAAAGAAACCAAUCGGGUCAGUUCGGUUCCAACAACCCCUCCGUCUCUCCUUCUCGUACUGUAAGUCAGGGAAUAUGUCAUCUAGAAUCUGCGCUAUGGCCAAACCAAAUGAUGCUGAGACUCUUUCAUCAUCAGUAGAUAUGUCACUUAGCCCGCGAGUUCAGUCCUUAAAACCUUCCAAGACUAUGGUUAUAACCGAUCUUGCAGCCACUCUUGUUCAAUCCGGUGUUCCGGUUAUUAGACUAGCUGCGGGAGAACCCGAUUUCGACACUCCCAAAGUCGUAGCUGAGGCUGGGAUCAACGCGAUUCGAGAAGGUUUUACUAGGUAUACGUUAAAUGCAGGUAUUACAGAACUCAGAGAAGCAAUAUGUCGAAAGCUAAAAGAGGAGAAUGGAUUGUCUUAUGCGCCUGAUCAGAUCUUGGUUAGUAAUGGAGCUAAACAAAGUCUCUUACAAGCAGUGCUUGCAGUUUGUUCUCCUGGAGAUGAAGUUAUAAUUCCUGCACCGUAUUGGGUGAGUUACACAGAACAGGCGAGAUUGGCUGAUGCAACGCCCGUGGUUAUUCCUACCAAGAUUUCUAACAAUUUUUUGUUGGAUCCAAAGGAUCUUGAGUCUAAAUUGACUGAAAAAUCUAGACUUCUUAUUCUCUGCUCUCCUUCCAACCCUACUGGAUCUGUUUACCCCAAGAGUUUGCUCGAAGAGAUUGCACGGAUCAUUGCUAAGCAUCCAAGACUUCUGGUGCUUUCGGAUGAAAUAUAUGAACACAUUAUUUAUGCACCUGCAACACACACAAGCUUUGCUUCUUUGCCUGACAUGUAUGAAAGAACUUUGACAGUAAACGGUUUCUCAAAGGCUUUCGCAAUGACGGGUUGGAGGCUUGGAUAUCUUGCUGGUCCUAAACAUAUUGUGGCAGCUUGCAGUAAAUUACAAGGCCAGGUUAGUUCAGGAGCUAGUAGCAUUGCUCAGAAAGCAGGUGUUGCUGCGCUUGGGUUAGGCAAAGCUGGAGGAGAAACGGUUGCAGAGAUGGUUAAAGCUUAUAGAGAAAGACGAGAUUUCUUGGUUAAAAGCUUAGGUGAUAUCAAAGGUGUUAAGAUCUCUGAACCUCAGGGAGCUUUUUAUCUCUUUAUUGACUUCAGUGCUUACUAUGGAUCAGAAGCUGAAGGUUUUGGUUUGAUCAAUGAUUCGUCGUCUCUUGCACUAUACUUUCUUGACAAGUUUCAGGUUGCAAUGGUUCCUGGUGAUGCUUUUGGAGAUGAUAGUUGUAUCCGAAUAUCUUAUGCCACAUCUCUCGACGUUCUUCAAGCAGCUGUUGAGAAGAUCAGGAAAGCCCUUGAGCCACUCCGUGCCACUGUCUCCGUUUAACAGUUCGGACACAGAAAUGUGUUUAAGAUUGUUUAUGAUAUGUUGUAACUUAUUUAUCAGCUUUGUCUCCAAUCCAAUAAAAAGUCUUUUUCUAUGCUUUGUUCGUUCCUUCAAAUUCAUAUAUAACCAUAAACAAUUAUCUUAAUUGUAAAUCAUUUAUUAGUAUUUAAGGUUGCUUGUGUAAUAAGGUUAUAUCCGAUUAUGUCAAAAUAUUAAGAAGUUAAA